CUUCCAGAGCACGCUAAGACAUCUUCUUUGUUUUUUUCUUCUGUUUUUUGCUUUAUCUCGCGUUCCACGGUAACGGGCUCGUGUUGGGAAGGCGCUAUCACGGUCUCGACUUUGUGCAACGCUGUAGCAGUAGUACAAUGGGAAUCGGCUUCCUUACACCCCAGGUUAUAAACCUCGUUACAGUCACAGUUCUUCUUCUUCAGUUCAGACCCAGGAAUCACACAUUCUACCAGGCAAUUCUCCACAAUGAUUUCCACACUAUUCAUCUUCGCUUCCGUACUCACCUCCUCCAUCGCUAUUGCUUCAGAGGCCCUCAGCUCCAUCGGCCAUGUCACCGACUCCAACGGCAAAACCUACAUGCUCGACACCACCGGUCAGAACAACGUUCGCGUCAUCACACAGGACCGACUAGAUGGCUACUACAUCCAACCUGUUAGCUACCACGUAGACCCAGGGAGCACCUGCAAUUUCUACAGCGAAUCGACGCGUGGGGUUGGUUAUCUCAUCGGCAAAUAUUAUGGUCCGGUGGACGCCGACUUUGCGGGUGACUGGGCUGCGUUUUACGAGUGCUGGGAUGUAGAGUCUGAGAUCGAGUAUCCUCCUAGGCGGAGAAGGCAGAGCUUCAGAGCCUAAGUGAAGGAAAAGCGAUGGAUGGUAGCAUGUGGAUCUUCCAACGGUACGUGUAGUCUUCGAACGGGUAUGAUGCUGCAGCUUGCUGAUCACACCUGCAGUAGUGGACGUGGUCUAAGCGGAUCAACCUCGGACUUUGUGGUUGAUGAUUGCGUGGAAUUCGAAGUGGAUGUUUGAUCUCGAGAUCGGGUCUAUGAGUAUUCCUUCGGCCAGAAUAUGUCUAGAGCUACAUGAGGGUUAUGAAGGGACUGGGCUGGGAGAAGGAAGGCAUAGAAGUUGACAUUCUUGUACAUAAUUGAGCCGUGUCCGGCAGAUACUUAAUGCACAUUCUGAUAACAAACGUAUGUAAUGACGACAGUCUUGACC